AGGAAGGGCAAGAAAAAAGAAAGAGGGGGGAAAAUCCCCUCUUCUCCUUGGCUCCAGGAAAAAAGCCGCUUGCCCCGGAGAAGAAACCCAGCCUCUCCUGGCCAGCCACCCUUUGCCCCCACUUCGUGCCUGCCUCUGCCCCUCCGGGUCUUUUUUUUUUUUUUUUAAUUUGAUCUCCCAUUAAAACAAGGAGGAGAAUGUGAAAAGGGGGGAAAAUGCCCAGGAGGAAGCAGGAGCAACCCAAGCGCCUCUCUUCACAUGGUACUAGACAAGAAGAAGCAGAAGGUGAACUUAGUGAGGAAGAACAUUGGUUUGGAAACUCUUCAGAGACCCCCUCAGAAGCAUCCUAUGGAGAAGUUCAGGAGAACUUCAAAUUAUCCUUUGAGGAUAGGAUCCAAGAACAAUCCACAUCUCCAGACACUUCCUUGGGGAGUGCAACUCCUAGCAGCAACACACUGGAGCUGGCAGCUGUUGAAAACGAGGCUUUAAGGGAUGUGUUACAGAAUAAAGAACACCUAUCUCCUGGUGUGUCUUCUAUAUGUGAAGAUGACACUCCUGGCCCCAAUAAGCCACUGAGUAGUAACCUGAGACGUCUGCUGGAGGCUGGUUCUCUCAAGCUGGACACUAGUGUCCCAGUUAAUGGCAGGAUUGAGUCCCCUGUAAAUCUUGGCUCAAAUAUCUCCUUUUCUUCACCUACGCAUCAUGCUCAGCAGCUAAGUGUCCUUGCUAGAAAGCUUGCUGAAAAACAGGAACAGAAUGACCAAUAUGGUGGAAAUAAUAACCGCUUUAUAUGGAAUCAAGGCAAGUGGUUGCCCAACUCAGCGCCCGCUUGUGGUUUGUCUCCAGAUUCAGCUAUUUUAAAAUUGAAAGCAGCAGCCAAUGCAGUUCUUCAGGACAAGUCACUUUCCCGGACUGAAGAUCCUAUAAGGUUUGAAUCCUUUUCUUCACCAUUUAGUUCACAGUCUGCAAGUUCCACCUUAGCUGCAUUAUCAAAGAAAGUCAGUGAAAGAAGCAUGACUCCUGGGCAGGACCACCCACCGCCAGCUAGUUCUUUCCUUUCUCUCGCCUCAAUGACUUCUUCAGCAGCCCUGCUCAAGGAGGUCGCUGCAAGAGCUGCAGGCAGUCUGUUGGCAGAGAAGAAAAAGUCACUGGUUGCGGACGAUCCCCUGCAGCUUUCAGACAUGAAGCAAGAGAAAGUAACUCCACCACAGUCCUUGGAAUUAUUGUUACUCCCGGCCCCUAAAGGAAGGGCUUCUAGAAACACCAAUCCAGCCUCAGAAGAAGAAGGUGGGAAACCUUUCCAGUGCCCCAUCUGUGGCCUGGUUAUAAAAAGGAAGAGCUAUUGGAAAAGACACAUGGUGAUUCAUACAGGCUUAAAAAGUCAUCAGUGCCCUUUGUGCCCAUUUCGCUGCGCACGCAAGGACAAUCUCAAAUCACACAUGAAGGUUCACCAACAUCAGGAUCGUGGAGAGACCUUUCAGUGCCAGCUUUGCCCAUUUACCUCCUCUCGCCACUUCAGCCUGAAACUUCACAUGCGUUGCCAUCAACACUUCCUGAGGACAGAAGCCAAAGUGAAGGAAGAGAUCCAAGAAACGGAUGUCAAGGUGUCAUCACAGCUAAAUGAUGACUCCAGAAUGGGACAGCAGAUGGAGGGAGCUGCUGACCAUGCUGCUACAUUGAGAACACCUGAGAAGGCUGGACAGACAGGUGCUGCCAUCCCACCUCUGCUGGUAAAAGAAGAGCCCAAAGAUGAUCACAGCACUUCCUCCCCAUCCUUUGCUCUCAGUGUUGUUGAUAGAAUUGCCAACAAUACAAAGCUAAAAGACUCCAUUGAUUUUGUGACUAAUACAGCGUCGGCACUUUUCAGCCAGGACAUCUCUGUCAAAAUGGCAUCAGAUUUUCUUAUGAAACUCUCAGCUGCAAAUCAGAAAGAACCUUUGACUCCUAUAUUUAAAGUGAAAGAUGAACCUAAAGAUGAAGAAAAUACAAGUUCCACUUUGCCUAAGCCCAGCUUCGUUUUCAGUCAUGAACCUGAAACUUCUGCCCCAAGCAUCCCUGAGGAGAAUCUCAAACAACAGGAAGUGCCAGCAAAUGUAUUACGACAGGACAUGUCAGUUAAAGCAGCAUCGGAACUUCUCAUGAAGCUAUCAGCUGAAAGUUACAAGGAAUCACAGACAGUAAAUAUUAAAGAAGAGCCAAUGGAAGUUGAUAUUCAUGAUUCCCAAGCCUCCGUUUCACCCAGCCAAAACAUCAGUUAUAGCACUUUACUCAGGCAAGAGAUAUCUGAACAUAUACAAAAGAUACCAGAAGGCCGAGUACUUCCUGAGAGAAAUCUUUUCAGCCAAGAUAUAUCGGUGAAGAUGGCUUCCGAGCUGCUUUUUCAAUUGUCAGAAAAGGUAAGCAAAGAACACAAUCACUCUAAAGAUAACACCAUCACAGCUACAACUAGCCCUUUUUUCCCUGAAGACACAGUUAGACAAUCACCGUUCACUUCUAACUCAAAAGACCUCCUAUCUAAUGAGACUGCUGUUCAUGGAAGGACACCAAUACCAGAAACAGAGAAGAUAGGGCUGGAGGCUGGAAAUGGGUUGCCAUCUUGGAAAUUCAAUGACCAGCUCUUUCCCUGUGAUGUGUGUGGAAAAGUGUUUGGCCGACAGCAGACGUUGUCCCGACAUCUCUCCCUGCACACAGAAGAGAGAAAAUACAAAUGCCAUUUGUGCCCCUAUGCUGCUAAGUGCCGUGCUAACCUGAACCAGCACCUGACUGUCCAUUCCGUGAAGCUGGUGAGUACAGACACUGAGGACAUUGUCAGCGCUGUCACUUCCGAAGGCAGUGAUGGAAAGAAGCACCCUUAUUACUACAGUUGUCAUGUGUGUGGAUUUGAAACCGAGAUGAAUGUCCAGUUUGUCAGUCAUAUGUCGCUUCAUGUGGAUAAAGAACAGUGGAUGUUUUCUAUUUGCUGCACAGCCUGUGAUUUUGUUACCAUGGAGGAGUCCGAGAUGAAGGUUCACAUCACCACCAAGCAUGCAGGUGAAGAGAGGAAGACACCCAGUGACUCAAAUAGUCCUUCUUCCUCCUCCUCCCUGUCAGCACUUAGUGAUUCUGCCAACAGCAAAGAAGAUGUUGCGAUCAGUCCCAAACCCAAGAGUUCAAACAACCUGUUAGUUAUUUCUGUAGUGCCUGGGAGCCAGACCUUAUUAAGCACGGAAGAGAAAUCAGAAAAAGGUUUUGAAUGUGUUUUCUGUAACUUUGUCUGCAAAACAAAAAACAUGUUUGAGCGCCAUUUGCAAAUCCACCUGAUCACACGGAUGUUUGAAUGUGAUGUGUGCCAUAAGUUCAUGAAGACUCCGGAGCAAUUACUGGAGCACAAGAAAUGUCACACUGUCCCCACCGGUGGGCUCAAGUGCCCAUUCUGUAUUUACUCCACAAACCGCCCAGCAGCAAUGGAGUGCCAUUUGAAGACCCACUAUAAAAUGGAGUACAAGUGCCGGAUCUGCCAGGCAGUGAAAGCCAAUCAGCUGGAGCUGGAAAUGCACAUCCGGGAGCAUCGCCUUGGCAACCAUUACAAGUGUGACCAGUGUGGCUAUCUUUCAAAGACAGCCAACAAGCUGAUAGAGCACGUGCGCGUACACACUGGGGAGCGCCCUUUUCACUGUGACCAGUGCAGCUACAGCUGCAAACGCAAAGACAAUCUCAACCUGCACAAGAAGCUCAAGCAUGCUCCACGGCAGACUUUCAGCUGUGAAGAGUGCCUCUUUAAGACCACCCACCCAUUUGUCUUUAGCCGCCAUGUGAAGAAACACCAAAACGGGGACUACUCCGAAGAAGAGAAAAAGGGCCAGGGGGCAAGCUCCAAGGAAGCCAGUCCUCUUCUUGCUGCCAACAGUUCCCAAAGCCUCUUAUCGCCUCUCUCAGUCAUGUCAGCUUCCCAGGCUCUGCAAACGGUGGCCAUGUCAGCUGCUCAGAGCAGUGGGGCAGAGCCAAAUGUGGCAUUUAAGGCCUUGGCCGUCAAUGGCACUUCCCUGUGUUUUGACAAGUAUCGAAACUCUGAAUUUGCCCACCUCAUUCCCUUAACCAUGUUUUUUCCCAGGAACCACUUUGAUAUCACAUUCCAUCCACCCAGGCCGCAGACUGUAUGUCUGGGUGACUGUUCGCCGAAGCACUCCUUCCUUGCCUACCUAGGACUAACAGAAAGGGCAGAAACUGUCUAAAGACAGCCACAUUCUCUACCAAAAAUAUCCCCCCUCCCACAGCAGACAUCCAGCAGGUAUAUGCAUUGCUCUAAACCAUGCACCCAAGAGAAGAAGUAUGACUGGCUGAACAUUUGUACUUUAGAUCAUUGUUAGUAAGGUAUAGACAAAAAAUGGCUCUGUGUGUCUCCCUAAUGCAUUGACAUGAAGGCUGCUUUAUUAAAAUCUUCAGAGAGGUGACCUCCUGCAUACUUCUACCUUCAGAGGCAUGUUCCCAGUACUCUUAUAUAAGAAACUCUUUUGUCUUGUUUAAACUGAACAAGAGUGUCCUUAAUGGCAAAAGAUGACAUAUUGAUGCAUUUUCCUUUGGGUUGGUGAGUGUGAGCGUGUCUGAAAGAAAGUCUGUCUGCAGUGUGCCAUGACAUUGCUUUUGCACAUCCUUUUGUACUUUAUUUAAUAGGAACACAUGAAGCUGCCUUAUACUGAGUCUGACAACUGGUCCACCCAGGCCAGUGUUGUCUGCUCUUGACUGGCAGCAGCUCUCCAAGGCCUAAGAUGGUCUAAGGCCAGCACUUGCUAUCUGAGAGUCUUUAAGCAGAGAAGGCAGGGACUGAGUAUGGGACCUUUAGACAUGCAAAGCAUGUGCUCUGCCAAUGAGCUAUGACCCUGCCCUUUGUGAUCAUUGUUGCAAUUCUCCAUGUUCACUUCCUUGCCUACUUCUCUUUAUUUACAAUUCUUGGAAUGUGGAAACAGCAGCUUAGUCCGAGAAGAAAGGGCAUACUGUUCAGAACUGCAGCAUAUAGCUGCUGCGUUGGCCUCAAAUCAAGGUUGAAGAGGAGACGGAAUUACUUUGAGUCCUGCAAAGCUAGGGGCUUUUCUUGUGUUACAUUUUUCCUUCCUGGAGCUGAUGUCCAUGUGCAAAUGCAUGUCCACUCUAGUACUUGUUCUUUUUUGGCUGUGUUCGUAAAUUAGGCUCCUGCUCUAUACAUUUGCACUGCCCAAAUAUAGCACUCCUGCCACUGUUAAAAUGUCACAGUGAGCACACAUGGUGAUUACCCCCAUGCAGGAAAAAUGCAAAGUAACCCUGAACAUAAUAUGGCAGUGACCCACAUGAGGGUAUAGAAAAACCUGUAAACAGGAAGUGUGUUUUAUGUAUGCACAAGGUCAGUUUUUCAUUAUAUCCAUGUAAUUCAAGGCCAUAUCUUAAAGUACCUUUUGUACUUGAGUACAAAUACCAGCGUACAAAAUGCACAUGCCAAGCAUCAGCUUUAAAGGGCACAAAUGCAUUUCAUUGAAAUUGCUCUUAAUAAACUAUUUUGAUGCAAGAGCCCAACACUCUUCCAUCUAGGUCGCCAAGAAAAAGGUGAUUUAAAUGCAGUUGCACCAUUGCAUUUUGCAACUGAUGCAAGGCCAAGUGCAAAAAGGUAUUUUAAGAAGCAGCUCUCCAAUCAGGUCCAGAUCAUGGUAUAUUGUUAACCAUACACAUUCUCGGACUGAAUAAAUGCAGUGGCAAACUUGGUUUGCAAGAGUGUACAAGAAAAUUCUAUGGUGAUUAAAUCCAGGAAAUGGGAUUUUAAAAGGAAGAGUUUGGUAAAUUCUGGGUAUAAAUACUCAGACUAAAUAAAGGCAGGUUUUGCACAGUGCUUGAGUCUUGCACUAGUAUGUUUCUCACUUGCAAAAAAAAAAAAGUAAGAAAGUGUAGAAGAUUGAAAUGUUUCUUUUGUGGACUGAAGGAAUAUCAGAUUGUAUAUGAAAGUUAACAGCAUAUUCUUUUAAAUGAAGACAAAAAGGUGCUGUUUAAUCAAUAUGGUUCUCUUUUAUAUGCCCAACUUUUUCAGCUAUAUUUUCAAAUUUUGCGUCUCUGUACACAUUACCAUUCAUGUUAUUUGUAAUCCUUUAUAUUAUUUUGUUAAUGCCUAUUCUAGUAUACUCUUCUAGGAAGCUAACUUUAUAUUUUCUUAAAGCUCUUACUUUGUGGUCAUUAAAAUGACAUAACUAUUGCACUUUAUUGCAGUAAGGAGCAAAUGCGGUAUUCCUAAUAGAAGAUCUAAGUCAACUCAUAUCUUUUCCCACCAUUUAAUUUUUUUUCUCACCCAUGCACUGAUGUUUACUGUGUAUUGGCAUCUCAUCCAGUUUCUGCCACUAAACACAUAUGUGGGAAGGAAUCCAAAUCUGUGUAAAUGUUACAAUACUAGAAACUGUUUACAAUGGAGGAUGAGAAGGAAGAAUCCCAAUUCUAAAUAUAAAAAAGUUAAAACGUUAAAGUAAGAUAACUACAAUUGGUAAUGAGUCCAUGCAAGAAUGUAGUCAGCAUGUUGCUUCCCCUGGCUAAUCUAUUACAGUUAAAUG